CGUUUCCCCGGGAAAAACGGAAACUGUAACAGUCUCUGUGUUUCGUUCUUCAACAACACCUUUUACAAAAUGAAAAAUUUAUAAAAUUAUAAUCUCUACUAUAAUAAAGUCUUACAGUCUCUCUACUUUCUCGUGUUUAUAUACCAAAACAAAUGAAUGUGUUAAAAGCCUCACUCACUCUUUCUUCUAUCCAACAAAAUCAAGAAACCACUUCUUGACCUCUCUCUUCAUCUUCUCCUUCUCCUUCUUAUUUCCUUUUUCUCUCACUCAGAUCUCGGCAAGUUCUCCACCGGUUAUGGAGAUGGAAUGAGUGGCCGCCGUCUCAGCGACUGCUGCAAGGAUAUGGACUUGUUAUGCGGAGAGGAUUCCUCCGACGUGUUUUCCGGCGAAUCAACGGCUGAUAUCUCGUCGGAGGAGAUUGAUUCUUGGCCUGAGGAGUCAAUAGCAAGCUGUAUAGAGGACGAGAGACACUUUGUUCCAGGACUUGACUAUCUCUCUAGGUUCCACUCUCAAUCUCUCGACGCUUCCGCUCGAGAAGACUCUGUCUCAUGGAUACUCAAGGUACAAGCGUAUUACAAGUUUCAGCCUUUAACGGCGUACCUCGCCGUUAACUACAUGGAUCGGUUUCUCUACGCUCGCCGGUUACCGGAAACGAGUGGUUGGCCAAUGCAGCUUUUAGCAGUGGCAUGCUUGUCUUUAGCUGCCAAGAUGGAGGAAGUUCUCGUUCCUCUUCUUUUUGAUUUCCAGGUUGAAGGAGUGAAGUAUAUAUUUGAGGCAAAGACGAUACAAAGAAUGGAACUUCUUGUUCUGAGUGUGUUAGAUUGGAGACUAAGAUCCGUUACACCCUUCAGCUUCCUCAGCUUCUUUGCUUACAAGAUUGAUCCUCAGGGAACCUCUCUUGGGUUCUUUCUCACGCAUGCAACUAAGAUUAUACUCUCCAACAUUAAAGAAGCGAGCUUUCUUGAUUACAGACCAUCGAGCAUAGCUGCAGCUGCUAUUCUAUGUGUAGCCAACGAGCUACCUUCUUUAUCCUCUGCUGUAAACCCCAACGAGAGCCCUGAGACUUGGUGUGAUGGAUUAAGCAAAGAGAAGAUUGUGAGAUGCUACAGGCUAAUGAAAGCCAUGGCGAUAGAGAAUAACAGGAGAAAUUCACCAAAAGUGAUAGCAAAGCUCAGAGUGAGCGUAAGAGCAGCAUCCACAUUGAUGAUGCCAAGUGAAGAACCCUCUUUCUCAUCAUCAGCAUCCUUAUCUUCUCCAUGUAAAAGAAGGAAACUAAGUGAUUACUCGUGGGUAGGUGAUGACAACUCCAGCUCAGAAUAAACAGA